AUGAGUUCCGUUCUUGCUACAGCUCUGACGUUCGGGAAUAGUUGCAAGCCGUCGGAAUUCGUUUCAAGUCUAUCGAAAACUGAUGAGACCAUCGUAAGCACAUUAGGACACAACGUCGUCUACCUUGCCAUUCCUAAGCUUAAGUCACGAAUUGGUUUCCUCACGCCGGACCCCGAGAAAGUUGACGAUGUCCUUGAUUGUGUAAAGGUGGGUUUACAAGUGGCAAUGGCCGUGUUGAGAAUCCUAUGCUACAGUCCAAUUCGGAUUUGCUGGUUUCCGAGAUCAUAUCAUAUAAUGAGCAUGGGUAAACUGUUGUCUAAUUAUCAUUCGGGUGCUGAAAAUGGUUUGUGUGGUGCUUCUGAUUUUGAUGACCUUGACGAUGGCGGCGACGCUGAAAUGGUGGACUUGGAAGACGAUGAUGACGAGGUUAAUGACAGUUUGCCUUCCGUUAUCAAUGUUGCGCCAGGUCUGAGUAGUAUUUCUAUCGGAAAGAGACGGGAGGAUGCUCGGAAGAGUGUGCAGGCUCUAAUCGCCGAUAUAAAUUUGACGACAGGCAAAUUGUUCUGUUGCGACACAGAAAUGGAGAGCCAACUUCUUUUACGUCAUCUCGUUGAGAUGAAGAAAAACAAGACGAUAUUGCAGCAGCGGAGACCUCAUGUUUUGGUGGAAAAGUUGGAACUCGUUGGGGAUAAUAGGAGGGAGUCAACAGAAGAGAAAUUCCCAAAAGUAUUAGUUGUCGCUGAUGAAUCACGUCGCGAACCGCUUCAAACCGAAAUAGUUCCGGAUCCUAUGGAAGCCGAGCAAACGUGGCCCGAUGAAUACGACGUUUCUCAUGACGAAGAGUUGAAAAUUGAACCAAGCGUUCGCAAAGUUCCAAAAGGAACGUCGGGUUAUCAAGCUACUUGGAUUCUAGACGAAGAGGGCUCAUCUUGUUCCGACUACAAGGAUAUCAGCGAAGAUGAGAAAGGAGAACAAUUUGACAAGGAGGAUAGAAUGGAGAUGGAGUCAGUUGUGAAAAGUGAUGUUGAUCAACCAUCUGUUCUGGAGGAAGAUGACGAUAUGACUUCUGAAGUCGACGAUGGAGAUGAGGAGAACGAUCUCGACGAUGUUGAAAAAUACCGUAAAGAACGUGAGAAUGCUCAGUUCCCCGAUGAAAUCGACACUCCUCUAAAUGAUCUAGCAAGGAUACGUUUCCAGAAAUAUCGUGGGCUCAAGAGCUUCAGGUUCUGUUCAUUAUUUCGUCUUUCGCAUACACUAUUGAGUGGUCGAAGGUCAUAA